GUUUAAUCAAUAAUAACGAAGGUACCCAAGACUAUGGAUCUCGAUUUUUCUCACAAAGGACUUUUUAUUUUUGAUGCGUCCGAAAUUAGCAAAGGCUUAGAGGGCUGCAUUAAAUCCUCUGACGAAAUUGAAAGUGUUCUGUCAAAGUUCCUUGAGCAUGCCCCAUCUGUCAAGGCUAUUAACCUUUCGAACAAUUCGAUUCAUAGGUUUAUGGGCGGCAGAACAUUGAGAACAGUGACAGUGUUGGACCUUGCUUUUAAUUCACUUACAACGUUGCAAAGUAGUAGCUUGCCACCUGCUCUUGUGAAAUUAAACCUUUUUCAUAACCAAUUGACAUGUUUAGACAUGUUAGAUCGGUUUCUACCGUCUUUGGAAGAACUUAAUGCUGGACAUAAUGCUUUAGCAUCAGAUGGAAUAAGAAACCUUCCAGUCGCGUUACUCAACCUUAAUUUACAGUCGAAUAAGUUGGAAGACUUAGCUUCAUUAUCAACAGUUAAGCGACUCGUAAAGCUUGAUUUAUCUGAAAAUAGACUAACGACACCUGGUGAGCUGGGUGUGCUCAAAAGUAUGUCUUACUUGCGAUAUUUAAGUAUUCAGGAUAACCUUUUCACGCAAGAUCCCUUUGAUCUGCAAAGCAUAGUUAGAAAUGUGGCCCCGUGGAUUUUAAACCUCAACGGCGUUCCCCUUUCACAUGUUGAGGGCAAUAAAAUUCAAAGAGAUGUGAAUGCGAAAUUAAGAGAAGAGCGUAUUACCCUUAGAACGCACAGGAAUCGAUCUUGCAGUCCAUCGAGAAUGCAUAUAGAGCCUUGCAUACCUUCUACUCACUCGACUGCCGGACCCAAAAUCCAGUUUCAUAUGAAGAAUCAAUCAACAAAAGAGUUUUUGGUGGAAACUAAACUUAAAGAACUUGAAAAAAUGCUGGCCAAGUCCCAGAAAGAGGAACAACAAGCUUUCAAGCAACACGAACUUCUUCUUAAUCAGGUGAAAGGGUGCGCAAAGGUUAUCCAAGAUCAAGCAGAACAACUGGAAACAUUACGAAAAACGAUUAGCACACUAAAAAAAGACGAAGAAAUGCUUAAAAAGUCCACUUCUGAAGCUGAUCGAGCAUUCGAACAAACCCACGUGUCUAUUCUAACCAAUCAAUUUACCAAUUCAACCCACUCAUGA